UGGGUUCUUGUUUCCGGGGUGGAAACAGAUGGUGUCUCUCAGGUCUGAGAAGCCAUUCUUCUCCUGUAGACUCCGUCACAGACCUGGCCACAGUACGGGAGCCGGUCACCCCAGCCCUAACAGUGCCCUGAGGUUGCUGUGACCAUGGCAGAAGCUGCUGCUGACCUGAGCACAGGAGACAAUCUGGAGCAAAAGAUCCUAGAGGCACUGAGUGAAGUCGGUGGCUCUGUGAAGAUUGGCCAGCUGGUAAAGAAGUGCCAAGCGCCCAAGAAAAUAGUCAACUCAAUCCUUUACCGCCUGAAGAAGGAGGGCAAAGUAUCCUCCCCAGCCCCUUCAACCUGGUGCUUAGGCGGGAGCACUUCUGCAGACGAGGCUCCCGCAGUCCCUGAGGACCCCACCGCUCAGCCAAGUCUCGAUGAUAGAAUUUUCAGAUUCCUGGAGGCCAAUGGACCUUGUAGGGCCCUGCAUAUUGCCAAGGCUCUGGGCAUGAAUACGGCCAAAGAGGUGAACCCAGACCUGUACAGGAUGAGAAACAGUCACCUUCUGAGCUAUGACGGGAAGGUGUGGAUGAUCUAUGACUCAAGUCGGAAAGGUCAAGGGCUGGCUCACUCUGGAACGAGACAAGAGUGCGCUGCGAUCAUUUACCAGCAGAAUCCCAUCAACAUGAUCUGCCAACAAGGAGCCAACAACCAUAUCUCCAUCUCUGAGUCAGAAGCCAUCCAGAUCGGGCAUGGGAACACCAUGCUAAGGCAGAUAGCCUAUGCUCAGAGAGGUCCCAGCCCCCACCAUCCUCUCCUGCGACCUGCUCCAGAUGACCCCUCUUCUCAGAACACCCCACCUGGUGCCUGGGGAGCUCAGCACAUCCACAUGGAAAAGUCCUUGCUCCGCCGUGUGCAGCUGGGCCACGGCAAUGAGAUGAGCCUUCCGAGGGACCCAGUGCAGCACCCUGCGGAGGAACACCCUGCUGGCAGCUUUACUGGCAGUCCCCCAGGAACUUCUUUCCACAUGCAAACACCUGAGCCAGGCCCUCACCCCGAGGGGGUCAGCACCCAGAAAGUCCACAUCAAAUCCUCCUGGCUGGAGGAUGCCACCAUCGGCAACAGCAACAAGAUGACCAUCCGCACUGCUUCACAGGGUGAAGUUGGGGAGUCUGGAAGCAGCAAGGAGCCAAAGGAAGACACAGACUCGAGUUCUAAAGCCACACCGUGUGGAAGCUGCUCCCACACCCCCAGCAGCUCCAUGCUGCUCGCUCCUGAGCUGAGGACCAUGACUCUGGGAGACAGCAGUCCCCAGCCCACAGAACCUGUGCUUAGGGAGGAUGGAGCCUCCGAUACAGGAGGCUGUCGGACUCAGGAAUGAGGCCAGAAAGCAAUGGAGCCAUGGGACCCUGCUGACACCUCUGCCACUAUGAGCCAAACCAGCCUUUCCUGCCUCAAGAUCAAUCAUGAGCCAGCUCUACCAGUCCUGGGUGUUCACCAGAAGAGACAAGCCAACACAGCACACAGAUAGCUGCACAUCCCUGUUGACUGUGCACUGUCUGCAGCAGCUGAGAAAUGGAACCAACCUUGCUGUCAUCAAUAAAGGGUGGAUUAAGGAAAUUCAGAGUAUGCAUACAGCCACAUAAAAUAAUGAGGUUGUUUCAAAUGCUGGAAAGUGGAUACAACCAGAGACCACCAUGCUAAGUGAAUGAAGCCAUCUCAUAUAUUCGGAAGUCUGUGUGUCCCACAGCCA